ACCGUGCGGGUAAUACAUAGCUAAGAUGCCCGCCUAAAGUCAUAAGGCACAGGGAGCAAGGCUUCCGGAAUCACGUCGGACCAACGCUAGCUCCGGAAAGCCGUCCAACUUUUCACACGAAACCCGAGCAAUUGUCCGUUGAUUCUGUCCGAAUGCCGGGCCAAAGGUUAAGGGGAGUUUGCAGGCACCAAUUAUUGCCUUAAAGCUCCGGGGGGAAAACGUGGUUCACUGCUAGUUACUCAUGCGUGUUACUCAUCUAUCAAACCUCGCGGAGGCGUGCGGGGCCUUGGGUGAGCCAAAGACGGCUGUUUGGCAAGCAGAAGCACCAGACGAAUUUGUCUUUUUAUCCUCAUACACGCAGAAAGGCAAACAGGAAUCGGGAGGACGGGGACGCUGUGUCCUGCAAGCCAACUUCGAGCGUCAUCGCGACAUUUGUGGCAUGCAUUUCUGGCAUUUCAGACGACCUCCGGCGGGAGCCAGUGGGCGUUAGGUCGGGAAUCGAACCGGGGAUCAGUGGACGCGAUCGGCCAAUGGGAGGAACGCCUUCCAUCCACCGGGUCUUCACGCAAGUCAGCCCCGUACAACCGGUCCUGCCGGGCACGCUAAUAAAGUAUGCACCCAUCGUAGCUAGUUAAUUCUGGCAGAUCCCGCUUCUAAAAACACACAAGGUAAGCUUCGCGAUGUGAGCAAGGGAAGCGGUGACGGAGGUUUAAAGUUGAUGUUCGGUGAUCGGUGGUGGUGUAAUGUUGUUAGGGGUGGCCCACGCGGUGCUGUAAGGUGAUAUGAUAGUGAAAGGCCGGCAGGAGAAAUUGUUGGUGACGUCGGUGGAAAAUAUCUGCUAUUUUGAUGGUGCUGGGUUACAUGUCGUACCCGCCAUCUUGUGCUGAGAUUGUCUGUCAACAUUUCGUCGAAAAUAGAGCUGAUCGAGCGUUGGGGGCUGACCCCCAUUCUGCACCCCCGUCCGGACAAGAUGGACGUCAGGGCGCUCCAGGCCCCGGCCACAGACGAGCCGACGGAGCACCCGCUGGUGGGGACGGGCACUCGGCUGGGCGACGGCAGCGGCACCGGCCUGAAGGACGCACCGCCGCACAGCCGCAACAACUCCGGCGGCGGACAGAACAACAUCGGCAACUCGCUCAACGCACACUCGCACACCAAGCUGGCGGCCACCGACGACGACCGGCCGUCUAGCUCGGACGGAGGGUUCGAGCAGACGCCGGACAGCGAGCUGCCACCCAUCCGGCCCAACCCGGCUCCCGCCCCGACCGCAUCCGAGAGGGUCAUCAUUAACGUGUCCGGACUCAGGUUCGAGACCCAGCUCAAAACUCUCAACCAGUUCCCCGACACUCUCCUCGGGGACCCUAGGAGGAGAAUGAGGUAUUUCGAUCCCUUGAGGAAUGAAUACUUCUUUGACAGGAAUAGACCAAGCUUUGAUGCCAUAUUGUACUUUUAUCAAAGCGGAGGCAGGUUACGAAGGCCUGUCAAUGUGCCCAUCGACAUAUUCACGGAGGAAAUCCGGUUCUAUGAACUUGGAGAAGAAGUCAUUGACAAAUACAGAGAGGAUGAGGGUUUCAUCAAGGAAAAAGAAAUGCCCUUGCCCAAAAACGAGGUGCUCAAGAAGAUAUGGCUACUAUUUGAGUAUCCGGAAAGUUCGAAACCUGCGAGAGGGAUUGCCUUGCUGUCAGUAAGUGUGAUCUUGUUGUCCAUUGUGACCUUCUGUUUAGAGACCAUGCCACAGUUCAAACAUUACAGAUACGUGAACAUGACAAACUCCACAAACUCCACAGACCUCAAGGACCUCAAGAAAGAGGAGGUGGAGGUGCCAGGGUUCGGAGACCCCUUCUUCGUGGUGGAAACUUUAUGCAUCAUCUGGUUCACGUUCGAGCUAACGAUAAGGUUCAUCUCGUCACCCAGCAAGCUAGCCUUUUUCAAGAACAUUAUGAACAUUAUAGAUAUCGUUGCUAUUGUGCCGUACUUCGUGACGUUGGGUACGGUCCUCGCGGAUUCAUCGAAGUCCAAGAACCAAGCGACGUCCCUCGCCAUCUUGAGGGUGAUCAGAUUGGUGAGAGUGUUCCGAAUAUUUAAACUGUCCAGACAUUCGAAAGGCUUACAAAUCCUAGGACAGACAUUAAAAGCCAGCAUGAGAGAGUUAGGGUUGCUAAUAUUCUUCUUGUUCAUUGGAGUCAUCUUGUUCGCCAGUGCUGUAUUCUUUGCGGAGGCUGACGCGAACAAAACGCAGUUUAAGAGUAUACCCGAUGCCUUUUGGUGGGCUGUGGUGACAAUGACUACGGUAGGAUAUGGAGAUAUGUACCCCGUGACAGUAGGGGGGAAGAUUGUAGGCUCCCUGUGUGCCAUCGCUGGUGUGCUAACCAUCGCGUUACCCGUGCCUGUCAUUGUUUCAAACUUCAACUACUUCUACCAUCGUGAAACCGCGGCUGAUGACGACGGGGUAGACUAUAAGCAUGUGGACAGCUGCGCGUAUUCAGCUGACUUUGAAAAGGAAGAGGGCACGGAACUCUCUGCCAAUUUCAUCGAAAUGGAGGACGCCAUGCCAGACGAGCGAACAAAAUUGAGGCGCAGCGACGCAGCAAAUUGUAUCGGCACGGCGUCGAGCAAAAUGAGCAGCGUUGAGACCGACGUAUGACACUCAUAUAAUCUCACUGCUACAGGAUACAGUUUCAUUGUAUAGACAUUUUUAUUUUUGGAAGAUGUAAAUUAUAUCAUUGGGACAGGGAGAAUGGUCUCCAGGAUUCUUUGUUAUUUGGCUUUACCAGACUUUUACUUUUCUUACCAACCAUUCAUAGUGUUGUAUCAUCUAGACAUCAUCAUGUGUACAUUUUCGUUGGAAAACACCUCAUGCUGUGAAGUAUGCCAAGAAGAAAAAACACACCCUCCGAGGCCUGCAUAUGAAGGCCUGACUUGUCCCCAAGGGACAUUACAGCAAUUCCAGCUCGUCUAAGUUUAGAAGCGUCGUCAUCAGGGGGAGUCCAGGAAGUACAAUUUGCAGCUUUCACAUGGAACCUAGCCGCGCUCGGAAAUUACGGACCACUAACCGCUGAAAACGCGAGACUGCACAACGCCAUUAAAGGAAAGGAUGAAACGUGUUGUUAACGGACGUACAAUGUAAUGUCACAACCCAACAGGCAUAUAUAGGGCAGACCAGUGCUAUAUUGGGCUGAGGCCGGUGAGAUAUUCCCAUUACAUGGCAAAUAUUUGGGGCGCCAUCCAAAAUAGCCCCUGUAAUGCACCUCGAGACAGUUGCUGAUCUACCAAGAGAUCUCUCACAUGUGGUUCGUGGCCCUAAAUGCCCCCCUCCCCACCCGUUACAGGGAGCUGGCCCACAGUGUGCCUGGGGCAGAACGUGGCCACUUAAGAGGGCUGAUGUUUUGUCUUUAACGACUGUGCGUGUUCAGCCGUUAUGAGCAGGUCACCAGGGACAGGUUUUUCCAGCCCAGGGACGUCACCAACCUGUUGUAACUCCGGGGGACAGUUCAGACCUCAUCGGAAAAGGCGGUGUAACCCUUGAAGUAAAAUCCCACAGGCAACUCCAAACCAUCUCGAGUGAAACCGUCACAUGUCAGAAAAAAAUAACAAAACAAAGCAAAAAAAAAAACACAACACUUCCAUGCAAGCAACAAGUGAGACGUGGAGCAAGUCCCAAAUGUGGUGUUUGAGACCAUACAUGGCUUUAAUGUGUUGGUGAAAUGUUUGCUGCACUUCAGGGAUUUGGGAAGAGCAUUUAUCAUCCACAGUGGCUAGACUGUUCGCUGCAUUCCUCCAAAUUGCGUUCCUGGCGUCACCAGGCAGUAUUAACCACACGCUGCCCUGCCGUAUUUCACACGUCGGGACGUGUUGUUUGAAAAGAGCAGUGACGUAAAGCCCUCAGCAAAGUUUGCCCUCCCAACAUGGCGUCAUCAGACCCAGACAGAAAUACCCAAACAGCCCGGCUACUGCUGAAGUGUUCUCUGACGGGCCCCAGAGGAAAAUAAACAUCCCGUCUUUAUCAACUGCCUUUCUGGGAAGAAAUCAGCUGGGUGCGAAUCCUUGCUAUUCAAACGUCACCAAUGAACCAGAAAGCACUCCCCAACACGAGUGCUUAGGCUUGUUCGUGGACUUGUACAUUUUCUCCUAACAUCAAAACUAAAUGGAAAGGUUUCAGAGGAUUGUCAACAUCAUGUGUAGAUUGAGAACCCUCCCCACCGACAGUUGGGGUAAAGACAAGGGUCAGUGAGGAAAGCAGUGUAUCAGACAGUCUCAGGGCUUUUGUUGCCAACUGUCCCACCCCACAAUGAGCUUAAAUACCCCACAUGCCGACCCGAGUGCACUUUCCAAAUAUGCCUUGCCAACAUGGCGGGAUAUUUGAUCCACACCGGGACUAGCUUGACUGGGAUUGCAUGGAUCUCUAGCAGAGCAAAUCGCAGACCCAACCGCCAAAAUCCCCCAAUCAAACCACCACAACCCAGGACUCCAAAACGAUCGCUCGCGCAGAAAAAAUUCAAUACCCCCGCGAAGCGUGGAAAAUUAUCUGGCCGGCCUGAGUGUAUCAGUUUGUCAACAGACGUGUAUGGCUAUUCUCUGGGAUAAUGUCGGACUUGUAACGCCCCAAACUGGCUUGAAUGUGAGGAUGUCACCCAACACGGGCUUUCCGAAACUCGAUACCCAUCUUGGAUAUUGCACCAUGUAUCAACUGAGCCGGCGAACGCGCUCAACCAACAAUGGAGAAACGCAGGUGACCCCGCCGCACGCAUCAAAAGGCCCCAAGACCCCGCUGUCAAUCAAGCAUCCCAUCCCAGCAUGCAACAGGUGUGACAUCAACAGUUGCCCGGGCAACCAUUACAGAUGGAACGUGACCAGGGAUGACAGCUUAAACAUCACAGAUGUCCACGAGCGGUCAGCGUUAUAGACCCAGGGCAUCCCAUCGUCCCUUCUGACCACAUCACCCCACUCUGGCCACUGACCAUUCCUCCAGCUUCUCAAAUUUCCUGUGCCGAGCAACAUACCGCCUUAACCCUGGUGCAGACUGGUAGACUGGAACAGCUGGAACACCUGAAACUCUCUGCUGCAGCUAUCCAGCACCUGCAGCAGCUACACAUUAGACACCAGACAGCACCUGUAUCAUCUG